AUGACCUCCGCCAACGGCCUUAUCUGCUUUACCAAUUGUUUGCUUCCACAAGAGGAUGGCAGUCUCGUUGAGAAGGACCUCUGGAUCGAUGAACAGCGCGGUAUUAUCUUGGAUUCUCAGAAAACGUUCUACGUUAACAAAGAAAGGCCCGCGAGGAUUAUUGACCUAGGCGGUAAUAUCCUCAGCCCUGGCCUCAUCGACAUGCAAAUCAAUGGUGCUUACGGAUUCGACUUCUCUGUGUACGAAAACGACGAGGCAUAUCAAAGAGGCGUACAAAUGGUUGCAGAAAGGAUAGUCGAAACUGGAGUAACUUCGCUUUUGCCAACUGUCAUCACACAGGAGAAAUCUAUCUACCCGAAGUUACUGGGCCUUCUCAAACCGUUUUCUACUCCAACAUCCGCCACAUUCUUAGGAUGGCAUGCCGAAGGUCCAUUCAUCGAGCUAACAAAACGAGGAGCUCAUGCUCCAGCGUACCUGCUCCCCGCUACUGAUGGCUUUAAGGCGUUUGAAGAGGUUUACGGUGCCGUCAAUCUGACUGAAGGAGAGGACUGGAUCAUGUCAAGAGAUAGUAAUCCAGCUGUGCGCAUGAUCACUGCGGCUCCAGAGGUGCCAGGCGUAAUGAACGCAUUGGAAGAGUCUGUGAAAAGAGGCAUUAUCUUCUCCAUCGGCCACAGUGUUGCAAGUACUGACGUAGCCACGUCGGCGAUACAACACGGAGCGAGGCUCAUCACUCACCUUUUCAACGCUAUGCCGCAACUACAUCAUCGUGACCCUUCUAUCAUAGGCCUGUUAGGAGCGUCUCCACAUCUUGCCUCCCCGAUACCCAUCAGUGUUCAUCUUCCAUGCAACCUCUUGGAGAUGCUACCUUUGGAGCUUCCUGGGGUGGCGUCUCCGGUGUUCGAGCUAUCCAGUCCUUCGCCUAAUCGAAAGGAACUCUCUUGGAGCGGGAUAAAUACGCCCAAGACACCAUCCAAACACCAAAGCAGGCCAAGCCUGCACCUGGAGAAGGGUCAGAUAGCAGACAUGUCCUUUGAGCGUCCGUUCUACGGAAUCAUUGUUGACGGAAUCCACUGCCAUCCCAACUCAGUUAGGUUGGCGUACUCGUCUCACCCAGACGGCUGUAUUCUUAUCACGGAUGCCAUGAAAAUAUUGGAUCCUCACCUCAAAGAUGGCGUACAUGAAUGGAGAGAUGGGAAACGUUUCAUUAAGGAAGGAGAGAGACUCUACCUCGAAGGAACUACAACACUGGCGGGAAGUGUUGUCACUCUCGACAAAUGUGUUCGAAACUUUUCAAUGUUUACGGGAUGCUCGCUCGGAGAGGCGAUUAAAUGUGCUACUUAUAACCCGGCCAAAUGCUUGGGGAUCGAGAACAAGAAGGGUACUCUCCGACCACAGGCCCAUGCUGAUUUCACUGUCUUCGAUAGGCAGGGAGUCGUCCUCGCCACUUGGGUCAGAGGGAAGGAAGUGUGGACCAGAUCCAUUUGA